AUUUUAUUUUAGGAAAAAAUCUACGAAUUUGUAUAUCCUCCUCUCCCGCUUAAUUUACCCAGUAGAGUUCAAUAAGGAUAAGCCGAAUGACAUGCGCAGCAAUAAAGAGCAAGUGAGCAACUUAUGCUCGAACGCAUAAAAAAACUGCGGGUAUCAUUUAUUUACCAAAAAGCAUGGAGCAGUUGGCACAGUUUGUAACAAAAUCCUUUGAGUUCAAUCUAACUAAUAACAGUGUUCACGCUUUAUUCAAUUCGAUGACGGGCGCGCGAAUUAAAAAGCACACGGAAGUGAAAAACACCAUAUUCAUAAACUCCAUUAGUUCCGGCGGCAGUUACGCCGAUACUUGCGCGAGUGGUGAAGAAUCCGUGGAUAUAGACAUAACCGACCUAUCCGUUUCGGAGAGCAAUACGAUUCUUGCGGCGGAUCCGGAGCCCACGGAAGAAUCCCAAUCCCAUCCCGAGGAGGCUGUGGAAACGUACAGCUUGAGUCCGAGUUUUCGAAAGGCAGUGGAGGCCAAGCCCAAAAACUGGCUAAUUUCAGAUGAUUUGGAGGUGGAAUCCCAACCAGAAGAUCCGAAAAUUUCUGUAGUGGUUACCACCAACGUAGGCGAGUCCACGGAUGACAGUAGCACGCCGAAACUGGCGCCCGAUAAGCCGGUAUUGCCCGAAAAGUGCGUCUCGCCGGAACCAAGCCGAAUCCGGGAGCACUGCGACCAUCUGGACUCCUCGGUGGUGAACACCAAGCAGCGGAGAUCGCGGACCAACUUCACGCUGGACCAGCUGAACGAACUGGAGCGACUCUUCGAGGAAACGCACUAUCCGGAUGCCUUCAUGCGCGAGGAACUGAGUCAGAGAUUGGGCCUCAGCGAAGCCAGAGUGCAGGUUUGGUUUCAAAAUAGAAGGGCGAAGUGUAGAAAGCAUGAAAACCAAAUGCACAAAGGAUUCUUGGUGGGCAGUCGUAGUCCCCCAAUUGCAACUCCGCUGGAACCCUGCCGCGUGGCACCCUACGUCAGCUUGGCCGCCCUUCGAAGCUCUUCUGUUCCAUCCCAUCCCGCUACUGCGACAAGCUCGAAUCCCCAAGCACCUAGUGGUACGGGCUCCGGCAAAGGGGUCAAUGUCGAUUCGCCACACACUCCGGCGAUAUCGCGUUCGGCCAUCAAGCAGUUUUCCAGCACAGUUGCAGCAGCCGCCGCAUUUUCUGCGUUCGAUCCAGCGAUUAUUUCGGUUGCGGCUCAUCAGUAUGCUGCCGCUAUAACCAAUGGAACCGUGCCGGCUGGACUUUUUUCUGUGCCCCAAUAUUCGAUAAAUCUGGCUGCUUUCGCCGCCGCUCAUAGCAAGAGUUCUUCAAUAGCAGACCUUAGAAUGAAAGCCAAAAAACACUCGGAAUCAUUGGGACUUCAAGCAGAUAUGGUUCUUUAGUAAACAGCUUCACAUAGAUUAUAAAAAUGUACAUUCACUUGAUAGUAUGGUAAUAUUCCGUCUGUCAUCGUAAUAAAAAAUGGAU